CUCAGUCAGGGCCCAAUCUAUUAUUACUCCCUCUUUAUUAUGUUUGCGAAAGAAAACCCUUUCCCGGGAUGUCGACUCCACCGUCCGCCGUUGUGUGACCUCAAUCGCCAUGCCUCUUCAGCGUUCCUCACUUCCAUCUCUAUCUGUUCGUUUUCCUCUAAAACCCCGGUCGCCUACACCAACAGAUCGUUGGGAGGAUGCUUCGUCACUGGCCUGCCGGCAACGUUAAAAAAGCAGGCCAACUAAUGGGAGUGGACUUCUUACUCAUCGACGAAAAGACCUUUGUCAUCUAAGGGUCUAUCAAUGUGACCCAUCUUUCAAAAUUUGAGAACUCGAUGCGUGAUGGGGCAAUAUAUAUUUUUUCAGACUUUGAAGUCAUAAGAAGCAACUCCCGUUUCAAGCUUACCGAUUCCCCCUUCUCAAUAAGUUUCACAUCGACCACUGUUUUUGAUCAGCUCGACGAGUCUUUCGGUAAUUUUCCAAAAGAGUUUUUCAGGUUCCGUACACAUGAGGAGUUGGUUUCUCUUGCCAACACCAAUACAGAUCUUCCAGAUGUCAUGGGCCAAGUAUGUUCAACCAAGGCAUAUAGAAAUGGAAUGACACAAACCUUGGAGAGGAUGUUAGUACUCCUAUCUCUUGAAAGCGGGGAGAAAGUGCGACUAAGUGCUUUUGAUCAUGCAACUUCACUGGAGAAGGUUUUUAGCCAAAAAGAUGUUGGGCCUUACAUAUUGUUGGCUACUAAUAUAAACCCAAAGUUAUUUGGAGGUGAACUUUACCUAAAUGCCACGUCUAGGACCAAAUUUUUUACAGACGGAGACGUCACAACAACUGCACAGUUUUCUGAGAGGCUAAAGGGCAAACAAAAACAAGACACAAACUCUAUUGCACCAUUCCAUGGAGUAUCCAAGAUUGAACAUGUAUCCAUUGAUGCUCUUAACCAGUUUGUUGCUACUGGUAAUCCGCAGGCUGAAGGUGUACUGAACUCAGACUGUAGUGCUCCAAUUCCCAAAAUAGUCUCUGACAUUGUUGGGAAGAAAUUCACAUUCCAACUUAAGCUAACUAACUUCAAUUUCACUCCUCACCAUCAGUCAUUUAUGGUGUCACGUAUUUAUCAAACUACUGAGCUGCUCCCUGGUCCGACCUUCGUUGAGACACAAGCAGAAGGUGGGAAAAUGGUGGAUUUAGGUGAUAAAGGGCCUAUAACAUCUCCAACUCGGCAACACCAGACAAGCAUGUCAUCUGCAAUAGAUAUAUCAACAGAGGAAAAAACCCUUGGUUCUGGAGAUUUACCAGUUGAAAGCUCAUCUUCAGCAGCAAUGAACAAAAAACAUAAGAAACAGAAAUGGAAUUAGCCUACUUUUUUUAUUAAAAUUUUCCAAUUGCUUCUUCUAAAGAACUUGCCUUCAUUUCACUACUUUCUCCCUUCUGCUUCUGAAUAGAAUUUCCUUGCAUUACUAUAUGGUUGUUAUUAUGAGAUUCUUUUCCAACUUUCCGUUGUAAAAUUAA